GUUAGUGGCAGGAUAUUGAGUUGCAAACAACCUGGCACCUGUGGAAAUGGCAGACCAUAAGCUGCAGUUCAUGUUUCCAUGGAAAACAAUUGCCUAUUAGCCUUCACAAUUAGUUUAUAGCCUAAUUGGCACAAAUAUUGCAUAUGGAUCUGCGCAAAGUGCAGCAGAUCUUUUGCUACAAGUUCUUAGGGGUGAUGCUUUUCUCUAAGCAGGAAUCCAGACCCCCAAGCCAGUGGUGAUCUCCAGCAUAGAGCGAGGGGAAGAUCCUUAUGUCCAGGGUCUCACAGAAGAUGGAGACAUCCUAAGAGGCACCCACCCAGCAGGGGCGAGGAACCUGAGCAGGGCUGAGGGGCAGACUCCUGAGGAAGGGCGUGGCAACCUGGAGCCACUCAGGCCUUUCCCAGGGACAUCAGGGAAGAACCACUCCCAGAAAACUGAAUGGAGAAGACACCACAAGAGGCAGGGCAGGCCACAAAGGCAGAGGAAAAAUCUGACCAGGAAGCAGUCAGUAACCUCAAGAGGCCAUCAGAGGAGAUCCAGGCAAUAUCUAAAGCCUCCUGCAGAGGGAAAAGCUGAGCCCAGAAAGAUCCUAUAUACCUGCCGUGUGUGCAGAGAAGAAUUCAAGGUGCAGAGAGACCUGAUGAGCCACCACUGGAUGGUUCAUAGGAGACAGGAACUGUAUCACUGUAGCGAGUGUGGGAAGAGCUUUAGGAAGAAGAAGGAGUUCAGGACACAUGGGAAAGCUCACAGAAAGAAGAGAGUCCAUUCUUGUUCUGAGUGUGGGAAGAUAUUCAACCGGUUAUCAUCACUCACUACCCACCGGAGAAUACAUACGGGAGAGAGACCCUAUUGCUGUGCUGAGUGCGGAAAAAGAUUCUUCCAUAUAAUAGGUCUUACCGUCCACAGGAGAAUCCACUCAGGAGAGAGACCCUAUGCCUGUGCUGAGUGUGGAAAGCAAUUUAUGGAUUCGUCAACAUUUCGUAAGCACCAGAGCAGUCACUCAGAAAAGAGACCCCAUCGCUGUAACCAAUGUGGGAAAAGCUUCAAAGUUACAUCAAAUCUUACUAGACACCAGAAAAUCCACAGCGAAGAGAGACCCUUCUUGUGUCAUGAGUGUGGGAAAAAGUUCUUCCUACGAGAACAUCUCAUUAGACAUCAGAAGAUCCACACUGGGGAGCAGCCCCAUUCCUGUCCUGAGUGUGGGAAAAAAUUCAGUCUCCUUCAAAGUCUCAGGAGACACCAGGAAACCCAUACUCCGAGGAGACUCCAUUGCUGUGCUGACUGUGGGAAAAAAUUCCUUCAUCCCGGAAGUCUCUCUAGACACAAGAGAGUCCACACUGGGAAACUCCAUCGCUGCACUGACUGCGGAAAAGGCUUUGUCUAUAUACAUCAUCUCAAGAGCCACCAGAGAAUCCACACUGGAGAGAAACCCUAUUGCUGCACUGAGUGCGGGAAAAGUUUCACCCAUAUGUCAGGCCUCACCAACCACCUGAGAAUCCAUUCAGGAGAGCGACCCUAUCCCUGCAGUCAGUGUGGGAAGUGCUUUGCUCACUCAUCAUCUCUCACCAACCACCUGAGAAUCCAUUCAGGAGAACGACCCUAUCCCUGCACUCAGUGUGGGAAGUGCUUUGCUCACUCAUCAUCUCUCACUGAACAUCUGAAAAUCCAUUCUGGAGAGCGACCAUAUUCCUGCCUUCAGUGUGGGAAGCACUUUGCUCGCUCAUCAACUCUUACUAAGCAUCAGAGAACCCAUUCAGAAUAG